UCUCAGCGCGCAGGGACCUGCCCGCGGGAAGCCCCGCGCCGCGCAGCCGAGCUGCGGGAAGCCUUCCUCGCACCGCCUCUGCGCUCCUCUGCUCGCCAUGGCUCCCCCUCUGCUCCUGUUUCUCCUCGCACUUCUCCCUCGGGUGUUUUCGCUGCUGGAUACUAGCAUCUUCUUAAUAUAUAAUGAAGAUCACAAGCGCUGUGUGCUGGCUCAAAGCUCUAAUUCAGUGACUACUACUCCUUGUGUUCAAGAAAAUGAGUCACAAAAAUUCAGGUGGGUCUCAGAUCACCAGCUUAUGAGCGUAGCAUUCAAAUUGUGCUUGGGAGUGCCUUCGAAGAAAGACUGGGUUCCGAUCACUCUGUAUCCCUGUGACAAGGCUAGUGAACUUCAGCGAUGGGAAUGCAGAAAUGAGACUCUCUUUGCAAUCCAAGGGGAAGAUUUGUUUUUCAACUAUGGAAACAGACAGGAAAGGAAUAUUAUGCUGUACAAGGGAUCUGGUUUAUGGAGUAGGUGGAAAGUCUACGGAACCACAGACGAUCUAUGUUCUCGAGGCUAUGAAGAUACCUACACAGUGAAAGGGAAUGCCAAUGGAGCACCUUGUGUGUUCCCUUUUAAGUUUGGUGGUAAAUGGUAUGCUACCUGCACAGAUGCUGGCAGAUCAGAUGGCUGGUUCUGGUGUGGAACCACUGCAGACUUCGAUGUUGACAAGUUGUAUGGAUUUUGCCCGCUUGAAUUUAACAGUAUUGACUUUUUGUGGAAUACAGAUCCUUUAACAAAUGUCCAGUACCAGAUAAACUCGGAGGCAGCUCUGAAAUGGCACCAGGCAAGAAAAAGCUGCCAACAACAGAAGGCAGAGUUACUAAGCAUCACAGAACUGCAUGAACAAACAUACCUGACAGGUUUGACUGGCAGACUGAGUUCUGCUCUCUGGUUUGGUCUCAACAGCUUGAGUUUCAACAGCGGAUGGCAGUGGGUUGGUGGUGCUCCGUUUCGAUACUUAAAUUGGGUUCCAGGACAUCCUUCUCCAGAACCUGGAAAGAUGUGUGCAGCAUUAAAUCCAGGCAAAGGUGCUAAGUGGGAGAACAGGGAAUGCGACCAGAAACUUGGCUAUAUUUGUAAAAGAGGAAAUGCUACUUUAGAAUCUUUCAUUAUUCCUAAAGAGACUAAUGUGCCUAUAAAAUGUCCUGAUCAUUGGAUGUCAUAUGCUGGUCACUGUUACAUAAUUCACAGGGACCCCAAAAUAUGGAAAGAUGCCUUAACAUCUUGCAGGAAAGAGGAUGGGGAUCUGGCAAGCAUCCAUAACGUUGAAGAGUACAGCUUUGUUCUUUCUCAGCUUGGGUAUCAGCCAGCUGAUGAGCUGUGGAUUGGACUGAAUGACCUCAAGGUUCAGAUGUAUUUUGAAUGGAGUGACGGGACACCCGUCACCUACACCAAGUGGCUUCGUGGAGAACCCACUCAUGCAAACAACAGGCAGGAGGACUGUGUUGUUAUGAAGGGAAAGGAUGGAUUUUGGGCAGACCAUUCUUGUGAAAAGAAAAUUGGCUACAUCUGUAAAAGGAAACCUAUGUCAGAAGCUCCUACAGAAGAGGAAAAUAUUGACAUGGGUUGCCAGAGAGGUUGGAAAAGACAUGGUUAUUAUUGCUAUUUCAUUGGAAAUACAUUUGUAUCGUUUUCUCAAGCUAAUCAAACCUGUGGAAGGCAUCAGGCCUUUUUAGCAACUAUUGAAGACAGAUAUGAGCAAGCCUAUCUGACUAGCCUGAUUGGGCUCAGAACAGAAAAGUACUUUUGGAUUGGACUUUCAGACGUGGAAGAAAAGGGAACAUUCAAGUGGACUAAUGGUGAAUCUGUCUUAUUUACACAUUGGAAUUCUGAAAUGCCUGGAAGAAAGCCAGGCUGCGUGGUCAUGAGGACUGGAAUUGCAGGUGGCUUAUGGGAUGUAAUAAAAUGUGAAGAAAAGGCAAAGUUCCUCUGCAAAGUGUGGGCAGAGGGAGUGACACUUCCACCUGUUCCUACAACAACUCCUAUUCCACGGUGUCCAGAAGGCUGGGACUCAAACAAUCGUAUUAGCUUCUGUUUCAAACCUUUUUCAAGAGGAGACCAAAAGAAGACGUGGCUUGAAUCUCAAGAGUUUUGUCGAGCUAUAGGAGGAGAUCUGGCCUCCAUUAAUGGCAAAGAAGAACAGUAUGUGAUUUGGCGUUCUAUUACGAACAAUGGCUAUUACCACCAGCAUUUCUGGAUGGGCUUAUACUACUUGAAUCCUGAUGAUGGCUUUGUUUGGAGUGAUGGAUCUCCAGUGAGGUAUGAAAACUGGGGCUUUGGAGAACCCAAUAACUAUCAGGGAGUUGAACUUUGUGUAGAGAUCAAUGGUGAUUCCAGCAUGCUUUGGAAUGACAGGCACUGCGAUUAUCUAUAUGGAUGGAUAUGCCAAAUAAGAAAAGGGGCAAGUGUAAAGCCUGAACCAACAGAAUCUCCUGUACCCAAGUACAAGACCACUGAGGAUGGAUGGAUUAUACAGGAAGACAAACAGUAUUAUUUCAGCACAGAGAGCGCUCCUAUGGAAAAAGGUCGGGAGUUCUGCCAAAGGAAUUUUGGAGACCUUGCAGUCAUUGACAGUGAAAGUGAAAGAAAGUUCCUCUGGCGAUAUAUCUUGAAAAAUGGCAAAGAGGAUUCAUAUUACAUUGGUUUACAACUGAGUGUUGACCAACGGACAAGCUGGAUGGAUGGCACCCCAGUAAAUUAUUUGGCAUGGGCACCACAUGAACCCAACUUUGCAAACAAUGAUGAAAACUGCGUAGUUAUGUAUAAGAAUUUAGGAUUUUGGAAUGAUAUCAACUGUGGUUAUCCAAAUCCCUACAUAUGUGAAAGACACAACAGUUCCACUAAUUCAACUGUGCCUCCAACAACGUUUUCAACUCCAAGGGGAUGUAAUCCGACUUGGCUUUCCUUUCACAAUAAGUGUUACAAAAUAUUUGGAUCCACAGAAGAUGAACGUGUCACUUGGCAUGCUGCACGAACAGCUUGCAUGACUUUAGGAGGAAACCUGGCCAGUAUCCCUAAUGAACAAGUGCAAGCUUUCCUCACCUUCCAUAUGAAAGGUUUUGUUACUGAUACAUGGAUUGGAUUAAAUGAUAUAAAUCAUGAACUGAGGUUCCUCUGGACAGAUGGAACAGGAGUUUACUUUACAAACUGGGCUAAAGGCUUCCCAUCAGGACAUUUGGAUAUGUACUCAUAUGGUGGCCAGGCUGAUUGUGUUGUCAUGAGGAACAGUCCUGUUAAGGAAGCAGGGAAGUGGGCUGAUGAGAGCUGUGAUAACAACAGAGGUUACAUAUGCCAAAUGAAUGCAGAUGCUGAAUUUCUGCCUUCUACAAGUUCAUCCCCAUCCAGCAUUAUCCGUUAUGGCAACAGCAGUUAUAUGUUCAUCCAUACCAAAAUGAAGUGGGACGAUGCACGAAAGAACUGCCAACGUGAUCAAUUUGACCUUUCCAGCAUCUUAGACCCUUACAGUCAUUCAUUCCUGUGGCUAAAGAUAUUAAAGCAUGGAGUUCCUAUGUGGAUUGGUCUUAACAGUAACGUGACCUAUGGGAGUUAUGAAUGGAUAGAUAACUGGAGAAUGAAGUAUACUAAAUGGGCUGAAGGGGAGCCAAAACAGAAAAUAGGCUGUGUCUAUCUGGAUGUUGCUGGAGCCUGGAAGACGGGAUUCUGCAAUGAAAGUUACUUCUCUGUUUGCAAAAAAUCUGAUGUUCAAGCUCCCACUGAGCCUCCUCAGCUUCCAGGAAAGUGCCCUGAAUCAGAAGGACAUAAGUCUUGGAUCCCUUUCCGAGGUCAUUGCUACUACAUUGAAUCUUCAUCUACAAGAAACUGGGCCCAGGCAUCUUUAGAAUGUCUUCGACUAGGUGCCUCUUUGGUAUCAAUUGAAGACUCAGCUGAAGCCAACUUUCUGGCAUACACGACUGAACCACUUGAAGGGAAAACAUCAACAUUUUGGACAGGAAUGUACAGAAAUGUGGAUGGAGAAUGGCUGUGGCUAGACAACACUGCAGUGAAUUUUGUCAACUGGAACGCAGGAGAACCUUCCCCUCAACAAAACGAGCACUGUGUUGAAAUGUAUGCAAACUCUGGGUACUGGAAUAAUGUCUAUUGCUCUUCCUACAAAGGCUAUGUUUGUAAAAAGCCAAAAACAACUGAAGUGCCACCAGCGGCUGAAAUGCCACCAGCUGAAAUGCCUACAAAGGCAAUGACAAAGGACGAGAAGGCACCUACUCUGGACCAUGGUAAAACAGGAAUUGUAGUUAUUGUUGUCAUCCUUGUCCUAGUUGGAUGUGGCCUUGCAGGCUAUAUCUUCUACAAAAGAAGAAAGAAUUGCUUAUCAUCAAAUGACAGCUUUGAGAACAAUCUGUAUUUUAAUGGUGAUGCAAUUCCUGGAACUAGUGACACAAAGGAACUGGUGACCAACAUAGAACGGAAUGAACAUGCGACACUGUAAUGUAAGGAAAUGAAAUGUAAUGUAACUUGUAAUGUAAAAUGUAAUGUAAUAAAAAUGUGCCUUGUUUUAAUAAAAUUAUGCAAUUAGAAUUAAGCCAAAGCUAUUUUCUCAUGUGCAAAUACUGUAGUAGCCAUUUUCAGUGUAUGUGUAAUGUUAUAUACAGCAGUUGCUUUGUUUUGUAAUCUUUGUAUAACAUGUAAGAUUUCAGAUCUCAUGAUUCGUUGCCCUGUGAUGGUGAACAUGAGUCUGAAGAAAAGACUAAAUAUUAAAUGAAACAAUAGCAAUGGAUGCAAUAAAGGAAGCAAAAUGUAGCUACAUCCACUUGAGAAGGCUCCCAAAAGUUUCUGCACCAGAUUUACUUCAACCCAUGCUAAUGCACAGAUUCUCCAAGCUGUUGAGCAAACACCCCUCUAAUUCUGGAUCUUUCAAAUAUCCCUGGGGAUUAGGGGUAGUUGCUAAUCCUAGGGACUACAGGAGUGGCUGCUAUAUGAUGAGUCUGUAUUUAGGCACAUCUUCUUUGAACCCUGUGGGACAAAAAUCAAGUAAACAUAGCACAGAGAAUCAAUUAUGUAGUUUUUGUACCAUAAAGAUUCCUUUUCUAUUUGGAAAAGUGUGAUUGCUGUUAUAUGCCAACUGUUCUGCUGGUCACAAGUGGAUUUGUCUGGGAGAGCUGAUGCAGGUCAUGGCAAAACUUCCACCUUAGCAGGACAGCAGAUACUGAGGACAGGGAGGAACUUGACCUAUGUGUGUUUAUAGGAGCACUGGAUAGCUGUUGUAGUGAUCACAUACUGCUUGCCUGUGGCCUCUCAGUAGGUAGCAUAGGUUUGUGGGGUGUGUGCUCAAGUCAACAGCAAUUUAGUUUUACCAAUGCAUUAGAAGCUGUAUUUCCUUUCUAAAAUGGCUAGAUCAGUUGUCAUUUAUGGAGUGCUUAGGUUCCCCAAUGUGAAGUUUACAUUUUUGUAAAUCUUACAAAAUGUAAAUCAUGUAUCAUUCUUCAACUGCAUACAAAGGUUUACAAGGUCUGGUUUUUUGGUUUCAGGUUUUGUUCUGUGAAAAACAACAGUGACUAGUUCUGAUUUUUAAAGAGUUUUUUAUUGUAUUGUCUCUAUAAGUAGACUUUUGUAAUCUGUAUAGUCUAUAUAAGACUCUGUAACAAGAUGAAGUUAAAAAGGAGAUGAUACAACAUAGAGACAUUCCAUCCAAAAUUGUGAUCGAGUAGUAUAUUGACCGUGUUUUCCUGAAUCUGUCCUGGGAUUCUCUGCUAAAAAACAAGAGAAAAAUGUGAUGUGGGUGAUCUAGUAAAAAUUUGGAAUUGUAUACACAUGUAGCUAAAUGAGGAAAUUUGUCCUGGAACUCCUUUUCUCUCUAGCUCUGGUCCCUUUCUCCCAGCUGUGUCCUUCCCUUUGUUCCUACUGCUGUUUCCAUUUUUAAUGCAUGGUUGUUCGAGCACGUCUUUUCAAUGAGUAGUACCUCUAACCAUUUUUCAUGCCACCUGAUGUGGCUUAUGUGUCAGAAACCUCCUGACUGACUGAUUAAUGCUCUUAAAGGUUAUGUCAUUUCAGUUAUAUGGAAAAGUGAUGCCAGCUAGAAAAGUAUGUGAAAGGGACAGUGAAAGGUCAAGAGGCCUUGAUUGAAAUCUCAGUCUCACUGCAUUGGUUAUUGUGCAAACAAUGACCAGAUGCAGUCUCUGCUCAAAAGCUUUGUCCCGCUCUGAGGACUUGCACAAAUUCAAGGCAGUAUUUAUACACCAGUGAUUCUUCCAGAUAACAUUUCAUCAAUGGAACAGGCUGCCCAAAGGGGGUGUGGAGGCUCCUUCCUUGGAGGUCUUCAAGACAUGCCUGGACGUGUUCCUAUGAGACCUGAUCUAGGUGACCCUGCUUCUGCAGGGUGGUUGGACUAGAUAAUCUCUAAAAGUCCCUUCCAACCCCUACCAUUCUAUGUUUCUAUGAUUCUAUAUGUAUACAUGCAAAUGUAGUAUUAGAAAGAAGAAAAAAGUCAAGGGGAUAUCUCCUUUCUCGUCUCCUUUACGUCUCCUUUGUCAUACUUACCGAGUAUAUCAUUUUACAGCUAUAAAGUACCAGAAUUCAGCUACUGGAACCUGGAUAAUCCUGAACUGAUUAAUUUAUUUAUGAUGCCUGAAAUCCAGCAUCAUCUUUGAGUUUAGGAGAAUUAAAAUUGCCAUGCUAGCUACUCACUGGCAGCAGGUGUAGCUGCUUCUGUGGAAUGCUAUUUCUGUUCUGUCCAACCAGGUACAAAAAAAAUAAAG